AUGGCCUCCCAGAGUGUGCAAUGCUUCGGCAAGAAGAAGACUGCGACUGCUGUCGCCCACUGCAAGGCCGGAAAGGGUCUCGUCAAGGUUAACGGAAAGCCUCUUUCCCUCAUCCAGCCCGAGGUUCUUCGAUUCAAGGUCUACGAGCCCAUCCUGAUCCUCGGUGUUGACAAGUUCGCCGAUGUCGACAUCCGCGUCCGCGUCUCUGGUGGUGGUCACACCUCGCAAGUCUACGCCAUCCGCCAAGCCAUUGCCAAAUCCAUCAUCGCCUACUACCAAAAGUACGUCGACGAGCACUCCAAGAACCAGCUCAAGCAGGCCCUCAUUCAGUACGACCGCACACUGCUCGUUGCCGACAACAGGCGGUGCGAGCCCAAGAAGUUCGGUGGUCCAGGUGCUCGCGCCAGGUACCAGAAGUCUUACCGUUAA